GAGACUACUAAUAUGGCGGGGAAGCCAGUUCUUCACGACUUCAAUGGACGGAGCAGGAUGGAGUCCAUCCGGUGGCUCUUGGCUGCAGCUGGAGUAGAGUUUGAAGAGAAGUUUAUAACAUGUCCAGAAGAUUUGGAAAGGUUAAAAAAUGAUGGGCUCUUGAUGUUCCAGCAAAUACCCCUGGUGGAGAUGGAUGGGAUGAAGCUGGUGCAGUCCAGAGCCAUUCUCAACUACAUCGCCACCAAAUACAACCUCUACGGCAAAGACAUGAAGGAGAGACUCCUGAUUGAUAUGUAUACAGAAGGCAUCCUAGACUUGUAUGAAAUAGUCUCACGUCUGCCACGAACUCCUCCAGAUCAAAUAGAUAGCAAGACGGCUCUGAUUAGAGACAGAACAAAGAAUCGUUACUUCCCUGUCUUUGAAAAAGUAAUGUUAAAGAGCCACGGGCAAGACUACCUUGUUGGCAACAAGCUGAGCAGGGUGGACAUUCUCCUGGUUGAACUUCUCUACCUUGUUGAAGAGGUUGACGUGAGUCUUUUGGCUGACUUCCCUCUACUGCAGGCUCUAAAAACCAGAAUCAGUAACCUGCCCAAUGUAAAGAAGUUUCUGCAGCCAGGGGGCCAGAGAAAGCCUCGUGCUACUCAGAAAGUGAUAGAAGAAGCAAGAAAGAUUUUCAAGUUUUAG